UUUCCGAUCAUUGUUAACCAGAGACGUCGGCGAGAAAGUACUCGUACUGCGUGUCACUACGUACUGCUGCGUCGGGAUUUCUCGAGAGCGAGAGAAGCUGCAUUGCUACGGUUUCAGCCGGAUAACAACGAGGGGAAGCUGCGAGAUAGACGUGCCGAAGGUGUCUCCCCCGCAUCAUCCUUUCUCCGCCGUCGAUCAGCAGAGAUGCAGAGCCACGAGAACAUGGACGCAAUGGCGGCGCUAGUGUGCGGCUGCCUCAACGUCCGCGUGAGUUUCGUCAGCGGGCAGCUGAGGCCUGUCAGCUUCUUCCAGUUGGCGCUAGCGGGCGAGGAAGCGCUCGAAGCGUUCUUCAAGCAGAAGCUCAUCGAUGUGACCCUCGACCUCACCGGCGUGACAAAGGAGCACGCGUUCCUGACGAGGAGGAAGGCUGUGGGAGAGUGGUUCAUCACGUCGUGCCUCAACUGCGGGAUGGCCGCGUACGCCGAGCACGUAAAGCACUCGCUCCACAAGGUGCUAGUCAGCUCUCACCUGGUGAGGGACGCGCGCACUGUGGAAGAGAUGGUCCGCUCCCCUCAGUACUCUCCAGCCUUCCGCGUGCUGCUCAAGCCAAAAACUACCGACCUCAGCCCUGAUCUAGGAAUGCCAUUCGCUCGCCAGGAUGCUAGCCUAGAGAGGCAACAUGAGCUCCAACUCAUCAACGGCAAGUCGACGAAGUUCCUGCGGCAGAAGCAGCUGGAAAUGGAGAAGCGAAUUCGUGAGUUUGCCGACCAGCAGAAGCUAGAGUUUUCCGAAUUACAGCGCAGGACAAUCCAGGACAAGAACGUUGUUCUAGGGUAAGUUCUCGAGCGAGAAUAAAGUCCUG